AAGCGCAGGAGGGGCGGGGUCAUAUUUUAUAACGUAAAGCAGGUGAGCAGGUGCGCUUUUUGCAGACAGGUAACUAGGAUAUUCCCAUCACCAGACCAGCACAGGAGCACUGGGCACCCCGCCGUGACAACACAGGCCAACGUUCAGGGGCAGAAUGGCCAACUUCAAGGGACAUGCACUACCUGGGACAUUCUUCCUGCUGUUUGGCCUGUGGUGGUCGAUUAAGUACCCUUUCCGACAGAUACAGAGAAAAAAACAGAGGCAACAUGGAGACAGAGAUAGACAAAUGCAAAAUGUACUCUUCAACCGCAUAGACUUAAUUGAAGGAGCUCUGAAGAUCUUUUUUGCAUUUGUUGGGAUCAUGGCGGAGCAGUUUGUACCUGAUGGCCCUCAUGCACAUCUGUAUAAGGAUGGCUGGGUGAAGCUGAUGAAUUGGCAGCAUAGCACCAUGUACUUAUUCUUCGGUAUCUCUGGCAUCGCAGACGUUCUCAGCAUGUCUUCUCGCCAUGUGCCAGUUGGUCUUGACCGUCUCUCCCUUUCCUUGGCUCUCUUUGUUGAAGGGUUCCUUUUCUAUUUCCACGUCCACAACCGUCCUCCUCUGGACCAGCACAUUCACUCUCUGCUUCUGUUUGCGGUGUUUGGUGGAUCCGCCAGCACAAUGUUGGAGAUGUUUAAGCGAGAUAAUGUGGUGCUGGAAUUUUUCAGGUGCAGUGUAGCCAUCCUACAAGGGACAUGGUUCUAUCAGAUCGGGUUUGUGCUGUAUCCUCUGAGUGGACCAGAGUGGGAUCUGGAAAAGCAUGACAACAUUAUGUUCAUCACCAUGUGCUUCUGCUGGCAUUAUGCUGUGGCUCUACUGAUUGUGGGCAUCUGCUACUGUGGAGUUUUUUGGUCUUCAAAAUGGUGUGAUGGAAGACAGAUAGGCGACAUGGAGAUGGGCCUCAGAAAGUGUACUGCCUCGGACUCUGGCUCCCAGAAGGCUUUGCUCCAGGAAUCAGAUGAAGAGUAGUCGGAGCCUUGAUGACUGCCAAGAUUGAAUGCGCUGAAUGCAAUCUUUUUGCCUUUUUCUAUGCUAGCAAGCUGUCUUCCAUGAAUUUAUGUUUGAAUCAUUUCACUGCAAAAGAUUUUCGUGUGCUCAAGCUGAAAAUAUCCCAUCAAAAUGAACUUGUAAAUAAUGUGGUUGUCACAGGUGUCAGAAGCACCUGGAAAAGGAUUUGCCAAACCAGAGGGGGAAAACAGAUCAUGAUAUUUCAAACGCAUGCAUGUAUGCCAUUCACUCUGAAAUGCCUGUAAUAGAUGCAUAAUAGCGCAUUAAAAUGUUUUAUAAUAUAAUUCAAAUGAAGAAUACACAAGCAUAUAAUUGUUUGCCACUGACGUUGGAUGGUCAGCUUGAUUCAUGUUACUUGCCACAUCAUGUAAAUGAAGUGGCACAAAGCAGGCAAAUGAUUUGUUUUACAUAUACACAAUUCAACCCUGGAUUGCAGUACACAACGCCAUUCAGUUGAAUGAACGUAACAGCUGUUUUGAUUUGAUUUGUGUAGCACAAUCAUUUAUUUAUCACAAUACAAAGAGUGGCUACAGAAUAUUAACAGUAUUUGUUAAAUUACAUUUCUUUAUGGGAAUUUAAGAUAUAAAAAGCAUGUCAACAUCUUCUAGAGAAAGGCCAUUCACUUUAACCAGAAUCAUAGUCUGAUACAAGUCAUGCACAAUUGUUCACCUGACCUUACUUCCCUGUUUACAAUGGACAUCAUAUCAGCAUCCAAAUCAGACUUCCUUGUGGGAACUUGCAAAAAUCAGCAAAUAUUGGAAACAAAAUGACAGAAAAAGCUGCGUCAGAACAAGACCGGUGCUUCGAAUAUGACACCACUUUGCCCGUACGCAACUUUAAUGGGACAUUUAAGCAAAACUUUGUGCACAUGCUCUUUUUGUUUUGAGGUCUUUGAAUCUUUAUGAUGGAUGUCUCAUGUCUCAUUGAGGGUCUGGGUUUGUUUUUGGUGAGGGUGCAGUAGAGACCACCACCGUAGACACUGUGGAUUUCGGAGAGCUGGCGGCUGUGCGCUGUAGCUGCUGAGCCGGUACUGUCUGGAUUCGAACCUUGGGUAAAGAAACAUACUCAGUUAACACAUGUGUAUGGUUUGGCUUGUAAGACCAGUUUUAGUUUGUUUGGGAGUCUGAUGAGUCAACCUGUGUGGCCUGUCCCUGUUGCUGUAGCUGCUGCAGUUGUUGAGCAGUUACAAAGCUGACCGGCUUGUUCCCAGCAAUCAACUUGGUGCCUGCCGGCAUGGUAGUCAAGAUAAUGUUCCUCCCCAGAUUGCUGAUACUAAAAACAGAAAACAUUUUUCCCAAAUCCAGAUUUCAAAUGAUUGGGAACAUGAAAAACCUGUGAGGGAACUACUGAACUACUGUUUGUUUACUAUAGCUAUAUUAGAUGAUGAAACAGAAUUCUCACUUGGUGCUAAUGUUCCCUUUAAGUAUAGGAGUAGUGACCACACUCUUAUUUUUCAAAGGUUGGCUGAGGACAGAUAGAGGCACCGUGAUCCUCGUGGGAAGCUUUCCCUGAAAAGAGCAAAGUUUCAAACGUCAUCAUAACAGGCAAUUACGCAUAACAAACACUGGCUCUGUUCCAAAUCCCAGUGAGCUUUCUUCCUGUCUACUGCAUUGACAAGAAGCAUCCUAACUGAAAUGAAACCCAAAAUUUGUAACAGUAGGUGGCGAUAAGUGACUGUUAAAAAAUGUAUUUGUCAUUGAAUUAUUCAUUCAAGAAAUCUAUUAAAAAACGCUGAUUCAUCCAGUAAUGAACCAA